GUUACUAGUUCCCACCUGAGGGGCGGGCGGGGCUGUCAGUUAUUCAGGGCGCUCCUCAGGGAGCCUGCGUGUGGCGGACACCAGCCGCAUACAUACCCCCCCUCCCAUGUUGCGUCUAACAGAGAGAUGUUGUUGAUUACAACUCCCAUAACGCUCGAGCAAAAGCCAUUUGUUGUUGUAGUCAACAACAUCUGCUAGAGGGAACACUGCCCCAAUCCCCGCCGCCCUCUCCUCUUUGCGCCCAACUUAGGAUCGGAACUCUUGUUAGAUGAAGCUGAUGAUUGUUGUAACUUUAGAGCCGGUCUUGACGUUAAGUUGCGAAAGGGUAUCCCCAUUUCGCUUUCCGUGUGUGAACCUUAGUGCCUAAAGUGUGUGUGUGUGUGGCGGGGAGGGGGAGCAUCUGUUGCAUCUUCUAAAAGGGAGAAGCGGGUUUUUGUGUUGAGAUGAAGCAGAUAUAUCUUGUAGCAAGCAUCGUCUUUAGAAAGCUCUCCUUUUAGCUCCCAGGACUUAGUGUGCCAGAGAAGAACAUAAUUGAAGUUCAAGAAGAAAAUCUCACAUAGUCAAGGCUUUUUGAAAGAAGUAAAUGCUUCGAGCUUCUGGAACUGAAAAGAGUUUUAUUUUAAAGAGAUGUUCAGUUUCUUCAGAAAAAGUCCAGAUACCAAGAAGGUCUUAGUGACAGAAAAAGAAGCAGAUGGAUUUGUUUUUCUGGGCAGUACUGUUAAUGAAGAAAGAAAUGAAUCUAAGGAUAAAACUUCAUUUGGCAAUGCUGGGUCUGAGUAUGACCAGACUUCACAGACAAACGGAUCAAAGUUGACUGAAGCAGGGCCUGAGAUGGGGACAGAGAAAAAUCAAAAUGUGGAAAGCAAUCUUUCUAUGCUGGAACUUCUCAGUGAUGUACCUUUCACUCUUGCACCACAUGUGCUAGCAGCACAAGACUCCUGUAAUGACUUCCCAAAACAGUUGUUCUCCAGUGAUAUCAGUGAUAAUCUAACAAGAUUUUGGUAUGAUUUUACGCUUGAAAAUUCAGUGUUGUGUGAGACGUAGUCAUUGAAUCGCUUAAAUGUGUACCUUGAUCACUUGAAGUAAAAUGCACAGAUGUUGUGUAUUAUGUAACUGUCUUUCUUUGAGGCACACCAUCUGAAUAAUGUCUGACUAAACAUGAACAUAUCCCAUCUUCUGUGGUAUCCCUUAAAAUAUUUUGAAGUUACUAAGCCCAAAGCUGGCAGCUCAGUUACAUUAAACAGGCUACAGCUUGAGCUCCUUUCAAACAAUAUAGCAGAGUGUUCCUUUAAGUCCAGUAAGCUAUUCUAGUGUUGAGGGGUUGCCUUUUCAAAGGGAAAUAGAUUACACAUUACAUGAAUCUCACUUGCACUUUGAUUUUAUGAAUCUGUAUGUGAUGGUGAAUAAAUUGGUGAACUUUUCCAGGUACUCUAGCAACAAGUACAAGUUUUACAACUUCACAGAAAUGUUGUCCAGUACGGUGCAGUUUCUCCUCUUAUAAAUUUGUCUUCAUCUCUGUAUCCAAUUGACUUUACAGACCCACAGUGUAGCAUUGGUUACCGCCAUAUUGCUGCCUGCAAUUUUGAGACAUACAGCAUUUCCCAGGGACUCAGCAGUUUUUCAGUUGCUGUUUAUUUUCAUCUCCGCAUAUGUUCCUGGUUUAAUAUGUUCAGUUUUUUCCAUUCCAAACCUCUGUGCCAACUAGAGAGAGAGAGAGAAAUCUGUGUGUGUGAGAGAGAGAGUGCGCGCACACGCACGUGUGCAUGCGCUCCCCCUCCCUGCACACACACACUCUUACUGGUUUACCACCACUCACUUCUUAACAUUUAUGGGGCACAGAGAAAGAUCAAUAGGAUAUCACUGUUGGAAAAGAGUAAAUGGUGACAAAUCCAGUCUAAAUUGAACAACUAAACAUUAAAAUAUUUAUUUCAAGUCCAGGGGCUCGGUCAUUAUUCCAUAAAGUCUAACUAAAUUUUUCUGUGUUCACCAGUGUGAUAUAUUGUGAUAUGUAUGAAUCUCUCUUUUACAACCAAGAUUUGGUUUGUUUUUACUUGGCGGGGGGGAGAAGGAAAGGAUACAUUUAUACUGUGCCAAAGAGAAUUCUUUUCUUGUGUGACAUGGCUAUCUAAAAGCAUAAAUAGAUGUGUUAUGUUGUGUUUUGUUUUUACAUUAAAGCUCUUUAUGAUAUGGUAACAAACAUAGCUUUCCUUGUGACUUAAUUAAAUUGUUGACAUUUGCAUUUUUUUUCCUCAGAAAACCGAUUCGUUUCAUAAAAUGUGGAAGAUUUUACACAAGUCAUGUUUUGAAAUCUUUAAGAAUAUAUGUAUGUGUGUUCUGAAUAUAAACUGUGAUUAAAUGUUUUGUGUCUUUGGAAAGUGAAAAAUAGUAUCCUUGUAUGUUAUAUUCUUUGUGGUAUGUUAUAACCAUGCUUAACCAGAUGUCAUAGGAGAUACUAGACAAUGUUUUAAAUAAAGUUAAUAAAUGAG